AGAUACCGCUCAUUGAUAAAUAAAUUCCUCUAUUUAAUUGAUAUGUUAUGUAUACUUAUAGUUUUGAAACAAUUUUGAUAAUCUCGCAUUGUAAUGUUAUUUGUCAUUUCGACCAGUUUAUUUCUGCGUUUAAAACGAUUCGGUACAAUUUUUCCAUUUAUUAAAUUAUGACGAAGAAAAUGAAGCAAGAUCAAGACGAAGAUUUAAUAAUCGCAACAGAUGAUAUCCGAGUUACAACGGUAAAGAAAACAUAUUAUUUUCAAGAUAUAAUAAAUCUAUCUAACGUUAAUGAGCUACCAAACUUUACUACUUCCUCACUAAAUUGUUUAAAAUAUUGUAACAUACACCUGAAUAUUUCACCCAGUAAAGGAUUAUUAUCUCAUCAAUAUAAAUCAAUGAGGAAGAACAUCUUCAAAGUAAUAGAAAAUAAUAGAAACGAGGAAGACUGUCAAGAUCUAUCAGAAGCAGAUGGUGAUUUUUAUAAGGACAUCUUAAUAAAUUCUACAUUCUUUAAAACAUUGCUAAAAAAACGUAAAAAUUAUCCAUUAGAGACGCAAAAUGUUACGUCAAUAACGGGUAGAAUAAUGAGAUGGGACGAUUUAGAAACUCCAGCUAAGUUCACACAACCAGUUAAAAAUCAAUCAAUCAACCCUCAACAUCAAUCAUUGGCAAACAACCUGUUAGAAAUAAAAGUUAAAAAGACGGGAUCUUAUCGAAAUAACUCAAAAGUACUUACAUACUAUACACAAUCGCCAAAAAAUCGCGGAAUCUUGCUUUUGGUUAAUAACAUUGACUUUAGAGAGAAAAGAAGGAUAAGAAAUGGCGCUAUCGUUGAUCAAGCAAAUAUUGUAGAACUUUUUACACAACUCGGUUUCGUUAUUGUUGAAGAAAAAAAUAAAACGAAAUCAGAAAUGCAAGAAAUCGUACAAUCGUUCGCUUCUAAUCCAGAUUUAUAUAAAUACGAUAUGUGUAUCACUAUUGUUAUGAGUCAUGGUGGAAAAAUAAAUGGACAAACUGUGAUCGAAAGUAUUGAUGAAAAAAAUUUAAGUACCAAAUGGAUUGUAGAACAAUUUUAUGGAUAUAAUUGCAAAGGGAUGAUUGAUAAACCGAAAAUUUUUAUCUUUCAAUGCUGUAGGAAUCCUAUCAACGUCGACAAGGAUUCAUACAACGACUCAUAUUCAGUUCAACGACGACGAGAAAUAGAAGACAUAUUAAUAUGUUAUAGUACUAUAGAGGAUUUUAGUGCUUAUCGAGAUCCAAGAUUAGGCUCAUGGUACAUCACAGAUCUAUGCCAAGUAUUUAUGGAGCAUGCCCAUGACACCGACAUAGAGCGUCUUUUAAAAAUGGUCGAUCAGAAAUUACGUGAUCGAAAUCACAAAGAUAUUUGGCAAACCAGCAACUAUGAAAGCUUAGGUUUUAAACUUUGCUAUUUAAAUCCUUGUUGAUUUUUAUUUCUUCAUAUUAAUUUAUUUUUCUUUUUUAUUUUAAUAAAUAAAUUAUUAUAUUUUUAC